CACUUUUUUGACUCUCUUUAUAUAGUUUUUCAAAAGAUGGCUGAUCAAUAUGACUGUGCACUUGACUUGAUGAGACGCCUUCCUCCUCAAAAUGUUGAAGAAAAUUUAUCAAAACUAUUGGACUUGGUUCAUCCUGACUUGAUUGAUGACUUACUUUCUGGUAUUGACCAACCUUUAAAAGUGAAACGCUGUGUUCAAACUGGAAAGGAUUAUCUUAUUUGUGAUUAUAACCGAGAUGGCGACUCUUAUAGAUCACCUUGGAGUAAUGAAUAUGACCCACAACUACCAGAUGGUGCCGUACCUUCUCCUACUUUACGCAAGCUAGAAAUAGCAGCCAAUGAAGCUUUUGAUACCUAUCGCGAACUGUACUAUGAAGGUGGUGUUUCGUCUGUAUAUACCUUUGAUAUCGAUGAUAAAUUUGCUGUGGUAGUCUUGAUUAAAAAAGUGGGUGAUGGUGUUCGACGUAUGAAAGGUGCUUGGGAUUCCAUUCAUGUAUUUGAAGUACAAGAAAGAGGACGUAAUGCUCAUUAUAAAUUGACAUCAACUGUGUUACUUUAUAUGAUCACCAAUAAUCAAGAACUGGGAAAUAUGAAUCUAAGUGGCAGCAUGACUCGUCAGGCAGAACAAGAUUUACCUGUGGAUGAUCCUUCAGCUCAUAUUGCCAAUGUAGGUCGUAUGGUGGAAGAUAUGGAACUCAAGAUGAGAAACUCUUUACAAGAAGUUUACUUUGGCAAAACCAAGGAUAUUGUCAAUGACUUACGAAGCUUGGGAUCACUGGAAGAAAGUCGACAGCAGGCCAAGAUUCAACAAGAACUUGUAGGACGGUUGAUGGAACGUAACAAUCAUUAGGAUAGUUUAUCCCCACCUCCCUUUCUUUCUCUUUUUAGUCUAUUCCCGCACACAGUUUUCUCUCCACCAUUACCAUUCUCUUCUUCAUAAUAAAUGCUAUCACUUGAAAUCUUUUUUUUUUUUUGAAA